AUGUCCCAGGUGAGUGGCCAGUGCCCCCCUCACUGCGACGCGCCCCAUGGAGCCCCCAGCGCAGCCCCGGGCCCAGCCCAGACCCCAUCCCUCCUGCCUGGGCUGGAGGUAGUAACCGGAUCCACUCACCCUGUGGAGGCAGCGCUAGAGGAGGGCUCCCUGGAGGAAGCGGAAUCCCCCAUGCCCCAGGGUAAUGGCCCUGGGGCCCCUCAGCCCCUGGACAGUACUGACCUCGAUGUCCCCACAGAAGCUGUGACAUGCCAGCCUCAGGGGAACCCCUUGAGCUGCACCCCACUAGUGGCGAAUGGCUCAGGCCACCCCUCAGAGCUGGGCAGUGCCAGGCGGGCAGGGAAUGGUGCCCUGGGUGGCCCCAAGGCCCACCGGAAGUUGCAGACGCACCCAUCUCUCGCCAGCCAGGGCAGCAAGAAGAGCAAGGGCAGCACCAAAUCUACUGCCUCCCAGAUCCCCCUCCAGGCACAGGAAGACUGUUGCGUCCACUGCAUCCUGUCCUGCCUGUUCUGCGAGUUCCUGACCCUGUGCAACAUCGUCCUCGAUUGCGCCACGUGCGGCUCCUGCAGCUCCGAGGACUCAUGUCUCGGCUGCUGCUGCUGCUGCGGCUCGGGCGAGUGCGCCGACUGCGACCUGCCCUGCGACCUGGACUGCGGCAUUGUGGACGCCUGCUGCGAGUCGGCCGACUGCCUGGAGAUCUGCAUGGAGUGUUGCGGGCUCUGCUUCUCCUCCUGA